CCUUUAAGACCCUUAAGCGCGUAUCAGACAACGUAUUGAAGAUUGAAGAUUAAAGAUUGAAAUUUGACCAAUUGAAACAAAAGAAACUAAAAGUUCUUUAUUCUGAUACGUCAAAAAUUUCAAUCUUCAAUCUUUAAUCUCAAUCUUUAAUACGUCGUCUGAUACGGGUUUUACAAAAUGCAAGAGAAUAGCGAUAGCAAUAAAAUUAAUCUAUAAACAUAACAAUAAGAACAAAAAAUCCACAUUUGUGAAUGCAUAUAUCGAUGCAAUGCGAAUAGAAAUACGGAACAGGUAAUAGCGAUGAAAUUUUCGUCGAGAAUUCUGUGUCUAUCGCCUUAUAGUCUGUGCUAUUUCUGUCGCUAUCGCUAUUCUCUUGCAUUGUGUUUCCCGUUUUAACGACAAAAAGUCGUCAUUCUCGUUCAUGACCGUUCAUGUGUAUUUUGUUUGUUCUUCUUCUCUUCUUAUUAUAAUUAUAUAAAUAUUAAUAACAUAUAAUGCGGAGGUAUCAUAAUUACCUCGAAAAAAAAUUUCUAAAAGUGCCAAGAACGAGUCAAUACAGGAGAAAUAUAGAAUGUGAAUCAAGUGAUGAAAGCAGUGAUAACAGUGUCGAAGAUGCUCAAUGGCGAAUGGUAGAUGUAUCUCAGAUUCCAAUAAAUGACACGAAUGAACUGUAUGGCUUAUCAGAUUCUGAGAAUGAAAAUUUUCGUGAUUCAUGGUAUUACGAUGCACAUGAAGAAUUAUUUCAAUGUAGCGAUGAAGAUGAUAGCGAUAACGAAGAUAUUCACGAAGAAGUCAACUCUGAAGAUAUCAAUAGUGAAAAUAUUGGUUUUAGUAGAUUAACAGAAAUGAUGCAAAAUGAAGAUAAUAAUGAGACUAUUAAUGCUCAAGUAGUUAUGGAAUAUUAUACAAAGAAUUUGUUGACUCAUUGUCAAUACAUGAUAAACUUAAUUUUGCUACAACUACAAUGAACAGUGAUGGAUCCCCAAUUUUCGAAAGUUCUAGAUUUUCUAUUUGGCCGAUUCAAAUGAUUAUAAAUGAAUUGCCUUUGGAUGUAAGAACUUCUAGACCUAUAGUGUGCGGCAUAUGGUUUGGUAAAGAUAAACCAAAUAUGAAUAUUUUUUUAAAACCGUACGUUGUUCACAUGAACAAAUUAUCAAAUAAUACGGUACGAUGUACUAUUGCAAAUGAAGUACGUAUUAUUAAAGUAUUCACCUUAUGUUGCUGCGUAGACUCUGUUGCUCGUGCACCGAUGCAGGGUAUAGUUCAGUAUAAUGGCUAUUUCGGAUGCAGUUGGUGCUUACAUCCAGGAUAUUAUGUUGUUUACAAGAGAGGUGGAAGUGUAAAAUAUACUUUAAUGAAUGAAGUACCGCCUAAAAGAACUGAAAAUGAAACAAUCGAGCACAUGCGACUGAGUCUUACAUCCCGAAAACCCGUUUAUGGUGUAAAAAAUCCUUCAUGUUUAAUUAAUUUGCAAGGUUUUAACAUUAUAUCUGGUUUUGUACCAGAUAGUAUGCAUUGUCUUUGUUUGGGAAUAGCGGAACAAUUUGUAGGGUAUUGGAUCGAAUCAAACAACUUGCCAUAUUCUUUAUCCAAUAAUGAUAUUAAUAAAAUUGACAACUUGUUAUUAACAAUAAAAGCUCCCAAUCAAAUUGUUCGUUUAUCUCGUUCCAUACGAGAUAGAAAAUAUUGGAAAGCAAGAGAGUGGGAGAAUUGGAUUCUUUACUAUAGUUUACCGAUUUUACUAUAUUUUCCACAUUUAGAAAUAUGGAUAAAGCAUUGGUCACUUCUAGUAGAAGCAUUCCAUAUUUUAUUAAAGAAAAGUAUUACACGUAACGAAGUCAAUCAUGCUCAUACUUUAUUAACAAAAUUUGUUGAUUACACCGAACACUAUUAUUUCAAAGCUGCUAUGACGUACAACAUCCAUCAACUAUUGCAUUUGGCACAAAGUGUAGCAGAUUGGGGCCCACUUUGGGCUCAUUCUGGCUAUUGUUUUGAAAUGGAAAUGGUCAAAUAG